GAAGCUGGGUGGUCGUGACGGGUAGUGCAAUAGUUGUGUUGGUGAUGUGCGCUCACAGAACUGAGGCAGCAAUGGGCUGGGAUACACUGUUCGGGGAGAGGCGCUACGAACCGCCGAAGCGGUGCAACUGCGCGUGCGGUGUUCCCAACCGAGGUACUCGGGUGGUCGGUGGACGGCCGUCCCGCAUCAACGAAUACCCGUGGGCUGUGGCGCUGACAUACAGAGGUCGCUUCUACUGCGGCGGCAGUCUCAUCAACGAUCGCUACGUGCUCACGGCCGCACACUGCAUCAACGGGCUCAACCACAACAGGGUGGAGGUGACGCUGGGAGAGCACGACCGAAACCUGCCCUUCGAAGCCAUCACGCGCAAGAUCAAAGUGCUGUGGUGGCUGAAGCACCCCGAGUUCAACCCCAAGACGUUCAACAACGACAUUGCGCUGGUGCGCAUGAAGGAGUCUGUCAGCUUCAGCAGGAUCAUGCGGCCGGUCUGCCUGCCAAGACCGGGGUACAACUACACGGGCGAGAAGGUGACGGUGGUAGGCUGGGGCCGGACGUCAGAGGGCGGCAGCACGGCCAACCUGCUGCAGGAGGUGCUGCUGCCGGUCUUCAGCAACGCCGAGUGUCGGGCACUGAAGUAUGACGCCGAGGAGAUCACGAGCAACAUGAUGUGUGCCGGCUACACGCAGGGAAAGAUUGACGCCUGUCAGGGUGACAGUGGGGGACCGAUGCACUGGCAGGCCAAGGACGGGAAGACUAAUAUCAUUGGAAUCGUGAGCUGGGGUCAAGGUUGUGGUCGUCCAGGCCUUCCCGGCGUGUACACACGAGUCUCCAACUAUCUCGACUGGAUCGAGCACAACACGCCCGACUCCUGCUACUGCGGCCGCAGAACUCCCAGACGGAGGCGCCACGCACCACCUAAGCGCACGAGCAAACAGCGCGCGCUUCUCGCGUACGCGUAG